CUAGGGAGAGCCUAGGUGGAGGCUCUGGGAAAAGGAAUUGUGCGGGUCGCGGGAGGAAGGAAUUGAGAGGUUUAAUUAAGCGCUGCAGUCUGUUCUUCCAAAGCUGAACCCCUCUGGCCUUCCUCGCUGUCCUUCAGCUUGCUCCGCUCAGGUUUUGGAGGGUGGUAGAGGUGCUUCUUGUAUUUCCUCAUCGAUUCCAGAAUCUUUCUCACCUCACGCGCUGCAGACAGACCAUGCCAAGACCCUGGAAGAGGCUGGCUGGGGCUGCUGGCCUAGACAAGAAAGGGCUAUCAAGAAAACGCACCAAAACUGAGAACUCAGAUGAAACAUCAGCUCAAGUGGAGAACUUCAGUCCACAGACAACAUCAGACUCAAAAAACUAUGGGAAAAAUCUAAGCAACUACUGGUUGAUGAAGUCAGAACCAGAGAGCCGAUUAGAGAAAGGUGUAGAUGUGAAGUUUAGCAUUGAGGAUCUCAAAGCACAGCCCAAGCAGACAGCAUCCUGGGAUGGUGUUCGAAACUACCAGGCUCGGAACUUCCUUAGAGCCAUGAAGCUGGAGGAUGAAGCCUUCUUCUACCAUAGCAACUGCAAAGAGCCAGGCAUCGUGGGACUUAUUAAGAUUGUAAAGGAGGCUUACCCAGACCACACACAGUUUGAGGAAAACAAUCCCCAUUAUGACCCUUCUAGCAAAGAGGACAACCCCAAAUGGUUUAUGGUGGAUGUACAAUUUGUUCGGAUAAUGAAGCGUUUCAUCUCCCUAGCUGAGCUUAAAACCUAUCACCAAGCUCACAAAGCUACUGGGGGUCCCUUAAAAAACAUGGCUCUCUUCACUCGCCAGAGACUCUCAGUUCAGUCCCUUACCCAAGGUAAGAGUGGGUCCUGUGAAUUCACUUCUUAUGUGAUUAAUAAGGGCAUGACAUUAAACCUGAGUAAAGUUCCCUCACCUAUCACACACGGGGGGGGGGCAGGUAUCCUGAGUUGCCUAUUAUUAUGGGACCAGUGCCUAUCAGUGCUUGGUACUUAGUAAGAUACCCUUAGUGUAUGAAUGAAUAACUUCCGCUUUCGUAACAUGUAUAGUAUCCACCAGUGCUUGGCAUUAACUCCUCCUGUGCAAAAGGACACAUAAGACCUAAUUCUUCCUUUUUCCCUUUUUGGUAGAAGAGUUUGAUUUUAUUUUGAGCCUGGAAGAAAAGGAACCAAAUUAACUGAGGCACUAUUGCUGGAAUGAAGGCAAGCUUUUAUGAGAGAAAAAGAAAGCCUGAGAAGGCUUGCUUGUAAUGUUACCUGGGACUAUGUUACCUGGACUAUGUACACAGGUGGUUUUGUGUACUUUUUUCAAUAAAAGAUUUAAUAUUAAAA